AUGAACGCAAACGCAUUGCGGGCGUACUAUAGGGCGAAAGGGGAAGAAACUGCAGGGAUAGCGUAUCGGGCUCGGAUGCAUUGCUUUUUUGCUGAGCUGGAGCCGUCUAUUCCCGUCACGGAACAAAACCUGGCAGACCGAGUUCGGUACACCAUGCGCUCGAAAAUAUUUGAUGAUUCCGAGCUCGAACGACUACGACGUGAGGCCAUUCCCUCAUCGAAUGAAUUGGCUAUGACUGGGGAUGCGGCUCCUCAGGCGACAGACCAGCAUCCACGUGUGGUAGCCGCAAUGGAUUUUCCCGUUGUGGUAGAUUCUGACGAUGAUGAAAUGGUCUUCCACGAACUAGAGCAAAUGAGGAGUAUAUUGGAAGAGGCGAUUUUGGAAACGCGCAGCAUGCCUUUAGAAAACCGACCGCAACUUCCCCGCAUACCCAUUAGCAAGCGAAAUCGGGCUGUCGUGAGGGCUCUUAACCCAAUACUGGUAACCUAUUUGGAAGCCAGUCGGGACCUUUGCGAGACGGUCUCAGUUCUUUUUGGCGAACAGAGUGAUCAGAAGAGGCUCUAUAAAUCAUUGGAGCGACCAGAGGUAUGUGGAGCGGGGACCGGAUGA